GUUGAUUACAUUGUUUCUUGGGGAUUAAAGCUCACUAGUGUUAUGCUCACUCAAGAAAAGUAUGCCUACUCAAUGGUGGGGAAUCCUUUGUUGAUGCUUAGCCAGGAGACGGGCAACAAUCAUAUGGAGGAGAAGGGGACUAUUGGCUCUGGUCAUAAACGCAUGGACAGCCUUGAAGAGAAGGUUUCUGUGUUCUUUCAUGAAGAUUUUGUUGAUGAUCAGUCUGAUUGCUCUUUGAAGGAAGAAGAUGACUACGAGUCUGAUAACAACUUGCAUGACCCCGUGGAAAGGGCCUUCUUUUGGGAAUCACAAGAGGCGUUGCUUCAGGAAGUUUUGGAGCGCUAUAAAUUAACAGGUUCAAAAUUAAGGCAAGAGGUUAGCAGAAUUAUAGGGGUAGCAAAAGCGAGUGAUUUUUGCAAUUGCCUGAAGCCCACGGAUGGGUGCGCUAGCUGUUUGAGACAAAGCGUUGUCGAUUUGCUCACCCAAAAGGGAUUUCAUGCAACUCGUUGCACAUCCAAGUGGAAAGACACCAAAAAGUAUCCUGGAGGAAAACAUGAGUAUGUAGAGAUGAUUGCAAGCACAAGCGGACGCAAGAAGCCAAUCCCAUAUCUGAUUGAGUUGGAAUUCAUAGACCAGUUUGAGAUUGCUAAAGCAUGUGAUGAGUACCGCAACCUUGUGGCACAAUUGCCAGAAUACUACAUAGGGAAAGCUGAUUACCUCAAUGUCAUUGUUGGCAUUCUUUGUGAUGCAGCCAAGAGAUCAAUGAAAGAUAAGAAACUUCACAUGGGUCCAUGGAGAAAAAGAAGCUUCAUGCAAAUGAAAUGGUCAAGUACUUCUGAAAGGCGGUCUGUUGAUGAAUCUUCAACCAAGAUUUCUUCUUUGCCAUCAUCAAGACAAGCACCUGAAUCCUGCUUGCACUUCUCUGCUGCUCCAGCUGUGACUGUCACUUAG